AUGCGCUCUUUGAAAUGCACAAAAUCUUCGACAUUUCAUCUUCCAAUAGGUGAAUGUGCGGUUACACUCGAGGACACAUACAUGUUAUUGGGUUUACCCAUUCAUGGUAAGGCGGUUAACGGUAAAACCAAUCCUACCGGUGAUUUCAUAAGAGAACUCUUGGGGGUUGAACCAACCCCACGAGAUUUGAGGGGACAAAAACUUUUAAUGUCAUGGCUCAAAAAAAUUUAUAGAGAAUUGCCAUUAACCCCCGAUUCUCCUGAAAUUCUAAAAAUUAGAAAAACCCGAAUUUAUAUAAUGCUAUUAAUAGGGUUAUUUUUAUGUCCGGAUACAAGUGGAAGCGUCGUUCACUCUAUGUACUUACCUUUAUUAGAUGACGUAGAUAAAAUAAAACAAUAUAGUUGGGGGUCCGCUACACUAGCGCACCUAUAUCAUUCUUUAUGUCAUAACUCAAUAGCCAAUACCGGAAAUUGGACCGGAUGUGGUGUUCUUCUACAAUCUUGGGGUUGGUCAAGAAUCACCAAUCUAGCACCUAUCCAACAAAAUCAGUUUGAAUUCCCAUUCGCUAGAAGGUGGUCUUCGCUUGGAAUGAAUUAUGACAAUUGUCCCCACUUCAGUAUAACGCAGUACCGCAAUCUUAUUGAUCACUUGGCGCAAGAAGAUUUCAUUUGGCGGCCGUAUCUUGGUCUAGAAGCAUUUCAUCAAGUUGAACGACAAGAUUCUGCGGUGUGGAGUGCAAAGGUGCCCAUUAUCAACUUCACCACCGUCGAAAUGCACAACAGUGAUCGUGUGAAACUUCAAUUUGGAAUGCUUCAAUAUAUUCCAUGUCCCCCAAAGUGCAUACCAGACAAAUAUCACAACGGUAAAGUCUCCGAUCAAUGGGAAUAUAAUCUGUGGACCAAGUAUGCAAAACACGAGUGUCGUGAAUGGAGGCAUCGCACCAACUAUGUUUUGUCCGACAACGUGUUUCCAUACGAGAUGAAACAAUCUAUACAAUACAUGACUUGGUAUAAGUCUGUAUCAAUUGGUUUCAUUUCACAUCCAAGGUAUCUUAAUAACCCACGCCAACAAGAUUCAUCAUCAAGGCCCCAACAACCAACCCAGCCCUAUUUCGAACCGCCAACCCAACCUCAAUGCCAACCAUCAACCCAAUACUAUUUCCAACCGCCAACCCAACCCCAUUUCCAACCGCCAUCCCAACCCCAUUUCCAACCCCCCCACCCAACCCUAUUUCCAACCCCACUCACGCAAUCACAACCAUAUGAACAUACUCCUAACCAAUUCACUUCAUUCACACAAACUCAUUCACAAUCCGAAUACCAACAACAUCCACCACAAUACCACACAUACUCCCAGUUUCAAACACCCAAUCAACCAAUACCCACCCAAUCAUUUACACCCAUCCCACCCUACGAUCAGGCAGGCUAUCGUCCUGACAUUGCCUCGUCUAGCCAACCACCCCAAACUAACUAUGAAGGCAUGGGCAACUCUUUUGAUUUGGAUGACUUAACGGAUAUGGAUCCGUCUGCAUGGGCCGAAGUGAUACAAAUGCUUGAUGACGACACAGUGGACCCGACUCCACCAUAA